AUGCAGUUUUUGACUGCAGUAAGUCCACAGUCCUUCUCUACCCCAAGCUGGAAGGUUGAGACCAAGUAUUCAACCCGAGUGCUCACUGGAAACUGGGUGGAAGAGAGAAUGAAGUUCGCCAAAGCCACGGAGAAAACACCUCAGUGCAUUUACAGAAAAGAGUACGUCCCCUUCCCAGGCCACAGACCAGACCAGAUCUCCAGGUGUUAUGGCAAGAGGAGAAUUGAGGGGCUCCCGUACAAACACCUGAUCACGCACCACCAGGAGCCCUCCCACCGCCAUCUGAUCAGCACCUAUGAUGACCAUUACAACCGGCACAAUUACAACCCUGGCCUGCCCCCACAUCGUACCUGGAGUGGACAUAAGAUGCUGUGGCUCCCAGAGAAAUCCGACUUCCUCCUUCUCGCUCCCCCUACAAACUAUGGACUCUAUGAAGAGCUGCAGCAGAGAUGGCUCGCACCCAAGGCUGCCCCGAGGGAGAGCAUUUACACCUCGUCCUACCCCAGACCACCACUCUAUGCUUUGUCCCGGCGGGAACAUGCCAUCCCCGUCCCUCCCCCUCGUCUGCACCCUGUCCCACGCUUCUGA